CCUUUGUUUUUGUCCGUCUGCAGUGUUCUCAUUCUCCACUAGUUCUGUGUUGUUCCUGCGGGCCCAAAUGGCGACGUUUAUUUCUGUGCCGUUAAAAAAGUCCUCAGAUGUCGACUUGGUGAAACCGCUGUCGAAAUUUGUAACGUCCUCGUACCCUCCCGGCGAGGAGCAGACAGAGUAUCUUCGUGCCGUUGAGGAGCUCAAUAAGCUCCGUAAAAGUGCUGUUGGGAGGCCGCUGGACAAACACGAGAGCUCGCUGGAAAUCUUGCUACGAUAUUAUGAUCAGCUCUGUGCAAUCGAAUCCAAAUUUCCUUUUACAGAGCUCUGUGUGACAUUCACAUGGAAGGAUGCCUUUGAUAAAGGAUCUCUUUUUGGCGGCUCAGUCAAGCUUGCCUUGGCAAGUGUUGGUUAUGAGAAGACUUGUGUAUUGUUUAAUGUGGGAGCGCUGGCCAGUCAGAUCGCUUCUGAGCAGAAUCUGGACAAUGAUGAGGGGCUGAAGUCUGCUGCUAAGUUCUACCAGUUGGCUAGUGGUGCAUUUGCUCAAAUAAAGGACACAGUGCUUUCUUCACUCAAUCGGGAACCCACGAUGGACAUCUCACCUGAGACAGUGGGCACACUCAGCCAGAUCAUGAUCAGCCAAGCACAGGAGGUCUUCGUUCUCAAAGCCACUGCAGAUAAGAUGAAGGAUGCAAUUGUUGCAAAACUCGCCAACCAGGCUGCAGACUACUACGGUGAUGCUUUUAAGCAGUGUCAGUACAAGGAGAAUCUGCCUAAGUAUUUUUAUUUCCAGGAAGUGCUUCCUGUCCUUGCUGCCAAGCACUGUAUGAUGCAGGCUAGCGCAGAGCUCCACCAGUCGAUUUUGGCCAAGCAGAAGAAAAAAUUUGGAGAGGAGAUCGCAAGACUGCAGCAUGCCACAGAGCUGGUGAAGACAGCGGCUUCCCGAUACGAUGAAUAUGUAAAUGUGAAAGAUCUGUCAGAUAAGAUCAGCCGUGCACUUACAGCUGCAAAAAAAGACAAUGACUUCAUAUACCAUGACCGCGUGCCGGAGGUCAAAGACUUGGAGCACAUCGGAAAAGCCUCUCUUGUCAAAGCGACCGCAGUUCAGACGCCACUCAGCCAGAAGUUCUCAGAUUUGUUUGAGAAGAUGGUGCCGAUGGCAGUGCAGAACUCAGUGUCUGCAGCCAAUGCCAGGAAGUCCGACACAGUGAACAGACUUAUUGGCAGCAUGAGAGAAGCAACAAAUCUCUGCAAUGGGGUGCUGGCGUCUCUAAACCUGCCCGCCGCACUUGAGGAUCUGUCAGGAGAUUCAGUCCCUCAGUCUAUCCUGGAGAAGAGUCGUGCUAUAGUGCAACAGGGUGGUUUACAGAGCAUUGAACAGCUGAUUAGAGAUCUACCUGAACUUCUGACAAGGAACCGUGAAAUCCUGGAUGAGUCCUUGAAGAUAUUGGAUGAAGAAGAAACAACAGACAAUGAACUCAGAGCCAAAUUCAACCAGCGCUGGAGCAGAACUGCCUCAGGAGACCUUUAUAAACCACUCAGAGCAGAGGGAACUAACUUUCGCAAUAUACUGGACAAGGCCGUGCAGGCUGAUCAGGUGGUGAAAGAGCGUUACAAUGCACAUUGUGAGAUGAUUGCUUUGCUCUGCAAACCAGAGAAUGAGCUCUGUGCUGCCAUACCAUCAGCCAACCCUGCCAAAACUCUACAGGGAAGUGAGGUUGUGAACGUGCUAAGAGCUCAGCUGGCACAGCUGGAUGAGGUGAAAAAGGAAAGGGAAGUUAUGGAAGGAGAGAUUAAGUCCGUGACCUUUGACAUGACUACAAAGUUCCUAAAUGCUCUGGCUCAAGAUGGUGCCAUUAAUGAGGAAGUCCUAACGUCCAGUGAGCUAGACACACGCUACGGUUCUUAUACACAGCGUGUCCAGCAGAAUCUACGCCGGCAAGAGGAGCUGCUGUCACAGAUACAGGUGUCCCAUCAGGAGUUUUCAACACUUAAACAGUCAAACUCUGAGGCCAAUAACAGAGAAGAUGUUUUGAAGAAGCUUGCCUCAGCCCAUGAUAGCUAUAUAGAGAUCAGCUGCAAUAUAAGAGAGGGCACUAAGUUCUACAAUGAUCUGACAGAAAUCCUACUGAAGUUUCAAAAUAAGUGUAGCGACAUUGUUUUCGCCCGCAAAACUGAGAGAGAUGAACUGCUCAAGGAGCUACAGCAAAGCAUUGCUCGUGAGCCAAGUGCUCCAUCAUUCAACGUCCCAUCUUACCAGUCCAACACCCCUGCUUCUGCUACAGUAGGUCCUACCCCUGCACCCAGGACUGUGUUUACUCAACAGCAGCAGCAGCCUCAGGCUAAGCCCCAGCCCCCAGCCAGGCCACCACCUCCUAACAUCACACCACAGGCAGCUAGUGCGUCAGUUCCAGUCAGUGCUCCAAUGGCCCCUAGUGGCUCUAAUCCUCCACCUGUUGCACCAGCCACUGGACCCUCACAGGCUCAAGGACCACCCUACCCAACUUAUCAAGGCUACCCAGGGUAUUACCAGAUGCCAAUGGGCUACAACCCCUAUGCAUAUGGGCAGUUUAAUAUGCCCUACAUGCCCUAUCAAGCCCAGGGGCAGGCUCAAUAUCCUGGAGCACAUCCAGCACAGCAGUCCUACCCCUAUCCACAACAACCACCACAGCAACAGCCCUAUUACCCCCAACAGUAAAGCACGAUUUCCCCCCUGACAGCAACUCUAAGUCACAUUCAUUCCUGUAAACUAGCACUCCUACUAUUGCACUUACAAAUUAACACCCCUGCAUUCAAACUCGCUCUGUAUUUAACAUAAUAUGGCUUUUUUGGGCGGAGCUUAGAAUGUUGCCCCACUUCCUCUCUGAUGGGUGUUUAAAAGCCAGGGUUCACUGAGCAGGUGUUCUCGUAGAUUGAAGAUUUGAUCUCUUUUUCUAUCUUUCUCUCUCUUUUUCUCUCUUUCUCUCUCUCUCUAGCCCAAAGUAAAGCUGCUGGCUGCUUGCCUGCCACUGCUUAUAUCUUAUUUUUGUAAUGAGUACUGACAUAUAAUCUAUUGCAGGAGCUGUAAUUGAUUUCUUACCUUGAUGAUGAUCAUUUAAUUGCUGGGAGAAAAACUGAGGUUAUGUCUUAUUGUACCAUUAUACCUCCUUAUGUUUAGUCUACAAUCAUCUUUUAGGGAAGGGAACAGUAAAACAGACGAGAAUGGAUUUGUCACUAAAACGUUCAUGUUUGUGUUUCUUUUGUUUUCAUGUGAUUAAAACCUGUCUGAUAUUAAAA